AUGAAAGAAGCAAAUGAAACAAAGCCUGAAUUAAAUAAAAAUAAUGAUAAUUUGCUCAAUAUUGAAAAGGAAAAUGUAUCAAAUAAUGAAAAAAUGGAUAAACAAAAUAAUUCAAAUCAAACUAAGCAAGAAAAAAAUUUAAUACAAGAUAAAAAAUAUUGUAAUAUAGAGAAAAAUAAGAGUAAAGAUGAAUGGCUUAUUUACUUAAAUAAUAAUUCAUAUGGUCCUUACAAUUUUGAUGAAAUAAUUAAAUUUUGGAAUGAAAAAAGAAUUAAUAUAAUGACACCUAUAUAUAAAAAAGGAGAAAAUAAUUGGAAAUAUAUAUUUAAUGAUGAAAUAUUAAAAAAUUAUAUAUAUGGUAAUAAUGAUAAUAAUAACGAUAUACCGAAUUCUCAAAAUAAUUUUAAUUUAAUUAGUAAAUGCAAUGAAAUCAACUCAAGUGAAUAUUCAAAUAAUAAUUUAAAAAAAAAUUUGAAUGUUGAUAAAAUUAACGAUAAUAACAAUAAAGAUGAAAUUACAAAUGAAAAAAUUGUACCAAGUACAUUAGACUUAGAAAAAUUAAGAAAAAAAGAAAAAAAAAAAAAGUAUAUGGAAAGAAAAAAAAAAAAAAUUAAAGAAGGGUUAUGCGAUAGAAAAAUUAAAAAUAGUUCUGUUUAUAUAACUGGUUUACCUAAAGAUGUAACUAAAGAAGAAAUUCAUAAUGUAUUUAAAAAAGCAGGAAUAAUAAAAAUUGAUGCAGAAAAUACUGAACCCAAAAUAAAAAUAUACUAUGAUGAAAAUAAUAAUACAAAAGGAGAUGCGUUAGUUACUUAUGUUUAUACUCAAAGCGUUGAUAUAGCCAUUAAGUACUUUAAUAAUUUCUAUUUUAGACAAGAUUGUAUGAUUCAUGUAGAAAAAGCUCAAUUUAAUAAAAAAAAAGAGGUGAUUAAAAUGUCGAAAGAAGAAAUUUUAAAAAAAAAAAAAAAAAUUAUAGCUGCAAAACAAGAGCAAUUAAGAUUACAAAAAUGGGAAGAAUUCUACACUAGAACAAAAAAAAAAAUAGUCAUUUUUAGGAAUGUUUUUUCAUAUGAAGAUGCAAUGAAAUACGAUGAAGGAGAUCCAUUUUAUGAUUUUAUAAGAAAUUUGAUUGAAACGGAAAUAAAAAAAUAUGUUCCUGUACAUAAAGUUUACCCAAUAGCAAAACAUCCUAAUGGAAUUGUUUGUGUUAAGUUUAAAGGAGUAGAAGAAGCAGAAAUGAUAGUAUCUUGUUUUAAAGACAUUGUUCUAAAUGACAAAAAACUAGAGGUAUACUUUUAUGAUGGAAAGCAAGAUCUGAAAGCUCAAUGCUUAACUGCGGGGAAAAAUAAAAAAUUAAAUGUAGAAAGUGCUUCUGAAAAUAAAUGUUCAAAUAUGAAUACUGAUGAUAAUCAUCCUAUUUUAAUGAAUCCAAGCUUGAAAUCUUUUCAUGAAUGGAUCGAUAAUCAAAGUGAAGAUGAAGAACAUGAAAUAAAGAUAGAAUAA